AAGCAAAAAAACAGAAUGUCAAUAAAGAAAUAAUAACUUUUGCUAACGGUUAACUUUCCUUCGGUCCUCGCAAUCAAGUUGUGUGCAAUUGUACCAAUGUUUUGUGUACGUGAAUGUAUAAAGUGUUAGUGCGUGUGUUUUUUUUAGCAUAUAAUAGCAUAAUUCAUUAGUGUUUAAUUCGGUGCGCGUGGGUGGCAAAGAGAGAGCGAACGUCAAAAAGGAGAGCAAAAAAACCAGAAAGGAAAAAUAUUGUGCAAUGUGAGACGCGAGGACAUCGAAAAGGGGCAGAGAAAGAGUGAAAAUAGCAGUAAAGAAAUCGCAGGAGGUUGUGUUUUCGUAAUUGUGUGUGUGUGUGUAAAGUGCGUAUUGUAGCCGGGCUCGGGGCGGGGGAAACAGAGAAAAAAAUGUGAAACGGGCCCCAAAGUCAGCUAAAGGUCUACACUCUAAACAAAAAGAAAAUUAUGUGCCUGGUGGAGCAUGCAGGUGGUGGAGAACAGCAGCAGCAGCAGGUGCAGCGGCAGCGGCAGGAACAUGCCUCAUCUUCUUCAACAUACUGCUCCUCGACCACGUCCUCAUCCUCCUCCUCCUCAUCAGAAGAACAACAACAGCAACAACAACAGAACCAUCAUCGACAGAGUUUGCGUUGCAGCACCACCACGCCCACAUUUAAUGCAAAAUAUAGGCGAAAAUGUUUACUCCUCUUGGCCCUGCUGCUCUUCCAUGGCUGCUUUAGCGGAUUACACCGUGCCAGCGCCUACAAUUGCACAGCCCAUGGCAAUCGGUGUCAAAACGAUGGCCAAUGCCAAGAGGAUGGGCAAUGUCUGUGCGCCGAUGGCUGGCAAGGACCCGAAUGUCAAUACUGCGGCGGUAAAGUACGCAUGUACCAUCCGAUGGGCACCAUACACGAUGGCUGGGGCAACUAUUCGGUGAGUGUCAAGUGUAGUUGGCUAAUCGAUGCACGUCAUCCGCAUUGGGGCAGACGACAUAAUGCCAGUCCACCACGCGCCUCCAAUAUCCGUAUACAUCUACGCGAAUUUGCCACCGAAUGCGGCUGGGAUCAUUUGUAUAUAUACGAUGGCGAUAGCGUAGAUUCACCGCUCCUUGCAGUGUUUAGUGGUCUCAUGUAUAGGGGAAAUUUCUCCAUACGUCGUGUGCCUCAGGUUAUAGCCAGAUCUGGGACGGCAUUGGUGCACUUCUUUAGCGACGAUGCGUAUAACAUGUCUGGAUUUAAUCUUACAUACAAAAUGAAUGGUUGUCCUACAGAUAGCGAUGAGCUCGAGUGUUCCGGUCAUGGCACGUGCCGUGACGGCGAUUGUCUUUGUGAUCCCAUGUACAGAGGAGAUGCCUGCAAUGUGGCCGCUUGUCCAGGCAAUUGCACUGAAUCGCGUAACCAUGGCAUUUGUAGGCCAGAUCAAGAGCGAUGCCUUUGCAACGAGGGAUAUGGCGGCGAUGAUUGCAGUCAAAUCAGUGCCCAUGGAGUGUGGAGUACUGUGCAUCCAAAGCAUUCACCAUCCCCAGCUGGUAGUGCCUCACAUGGCGCCGCCGUUUGGCGCGACACAUUGCACAUCAUUGGCGGCGAAUCGUAUGGACGUGGCGAACUAAUGAGCACCUACGACUUCAAUGGCAAUGUAUGGGAGACCGUGCAUCCGGAGGAUGGAAGUGGAGCACCAGAGAAACGUUAUGGCGCCUCUACUGUAAUGUACGGCGACAAGAUCUUUCUUUAUGGCGGUGUAGUCAAAGGUCAGGGCAUCUCGAACGAGUUGUGGGCCUUUGAUGUGUCGGCCAAGACGUGGGAGUUGAUUGCUGUGAAAACGGAUACGUGCAAUGCAACAGGUGCCACCAUGUGCGGACCAUUGAGGGUGGCCGGCCACACAGCCACAUUGGUCCCAGGAUUCGGCGACAAGAACAACUAUCAGUAUAUGGUGGUCAUAUUUGGGCAUUCCCCUCAGUAUGGCUAUCUAAACACAGUGCAGGAAUUCAAUUUUGGCACACGGGAAUGGCGGAUUGUCCAGACCUCGGGUUAUGUGGUGAAGGGCGGCUACGGCCACAGUUCGGCGUAUGAUUUCCUCACCGAGAAGGUCUAUGUCUACGGUGGCAUUGUUUCGGAGAGUGAGUCCAGCCAGGUGCUGAGCUCGCGUCUUUAUGCCUACGAGCCAUCGACCCGCAUAUGGACCAUAUUGUCGGCGGCGCCCAGUGCCCGGCUUUUGCACACCGCCAACUUUGUCAAUCAGGGCCUGAUGAUGGUCUUUGGCGGUAAUACGCAUAACGACACCUCGCAAAGCUACGGCGCCAAGUGCUACAGCCAAGAUCUGCUCAUCUACGAUGUAUACUGUGAUUCCUGGCACUUGCAUCAAAUGCCCGGCCAUCUUCAGGCGGAUCUGGCGAGAUUUGGGCACAGCUCGGUGGUUUUUGAGGAUGCCCUGUAUAUCUAUGGAGGAUUCAAUGGCCAGUUGCUAAGCGACAUAUUGCGCUAUGAGCCGGGACAGUGCAGUUUCUAUACCAAGCAGGAGAGAUGCACCAGUGCACGUCCGGGGGUCAAGUGCAUUUGGGAUGUGCAGAAAAUGCGUUGCAUUUCCAUCACCCAAGUCCAACGAUCGGCCAUCUAUGGACGGGAGCAGUAUGACUAUGUGGCAUGUCCUUCCAAAAGCCGCCUGACCAUGACAUCGGAGCAUCUGCACGAUGUCCUACGUUGUCAGGAGCUGAGCAAUUGCCAGUCGUGUGUGUCCACCGCCUUUGAGUGCACUUAUUGCGGCAACGGAGUGUGCAGUAAGGAGCGCUGCCGCGAAACCACUUCAGUGGCAUCGGUGUUCUUUGAAUCGUCCACCAACCACCACCCGGCCACCCAGCAAACGGUUCAACAGCAAACUGCAAGCACUGUGGGUCCCCCCCUGAACGCCAAACGCCUAGAGAGCUGUCCGUCCUUUGAGGAGUUUCAGGUGCAAUCUGUGUGCGAGCAGCUGCACAAUUGUCGGGCCUGUAUAUCGAAUGUGGCCUGCAAAUGGGAUACGGAGCAGAAUCGUUGUCGCAGUAUCUCGAUGUCAUCCGCCCAGCACGGUGGCACGGUGCUGAACAAUCGCACACUCGAAGACUUCAUCUGUCCGCCGGCGUGUGCCACAUUAACCAAUUGUCAGAACUGCACCGAGGAUGAGUGCAUCUGGUGUCAGAAUGAGCAGCGAUGUGUCGAUCGCAAUGCCUACACCGCGAGCUUCCCCUACGGACAGUGCCGGGAAUGGACCACAUUCACCUCCAAGUGCCGUUCAACGCCCAUUACGGCCCUAAGCACAUCUGUUGGCAGCACGACGGCGUUGUCCAGUGCCCAAUGUGGCUACUACAACAGUUGCCAGCAUUGCCUCGAUGAUCCAGCCUGCGGUUGGUGUGACAAUGGCUCCAACACGGGUCUGGGGAAGUGUGUCGUCGGUGGAGCCUUGGCCCCCUACGAUGACACGGAAUGUGCGCUCAAACAUUGGUUCUUCACAUCGUGUCCACGCUGCAAUUGCAAUGGCCAUUCGUACUGCAACGACCAGCAGCAUUGCGAGCAGCCGUGCAACAACCUGACGGUCGGAGCGCAUUGCGAGAAAUGCCGCACCGGCUAUUGGGGCAAUGCCAUCAAUGGGGGUGAAUGCCAGCGGUGCGAGUGCAACAAUCAGGGCGACUAUUGUCAUCCAGAUACGGGCAAAUGCUAUUGCAGCACCAAGGGCAUUGUGGGGGAUCAUUGCGAGAAAUGCGACUCGCAGAAUCACUAUCACGGCGAUCCGAUGAGGGGUUCCUGUUACUAUGAGCUCACCAUCGACUAUCAGUUCACCUUCAAUUUGUCCAAGAAGGAGGAUCGUCAUUUCACGCAAAUCAAUUUUCGCAAUUCGCCCGGCAAACCGGAAAUCGAUGCGGACUUCACAAUUACUUGCAGUGUGCCGGCCAAAAUGGACAUCUCGGUGAAGCGGGCCGGUUCGCCAGAGAAACUGAUUUUGGUGGGCGUCAACUGUUCGACAUUCCGACAUCGUUUUCCCAAGACCGAAUAUCAAUUUGGCCAUCUGCCGGAUGAUAACAGCUCGUUGACCACAUUCUAUGUGUUUGUCCAUGACUUUCAGCCGCCCAUCUGGAUACAGAUUGCCUUCUCGCAGUAUCCAAAGCUCAAUCUGCAGCAGUUUUUCAUAACAUUCUCGUCGUGCUUCUUGCUGUUGCUCCUGAUGGCCGCUGUUUUGUGGAAGAUUAAGCAAAAGUAUGAUAUGUUCCGACGACGGCAACGUUUGUUUGUCGAAAUGGAACAAAUGGCGAGUCGACCCUUUUCCCAGGUUUUGGUCGAUAUUGAAAACCGUGAAAGUAUUGAUCUAAGUCUAACCCUGGAAGGCAUCGGUCAUUUGUCCAAGAAACGCAAAAGGGAAUGUCCAAGUCCCAUUGCUUUGGAGCCAUGCAGUGGCAAUCGAGCCGCUGUGCUCUCGCUUCUAGUCCGGCUUCCCACAGGGGGCCUAUCCCAAGCGCCUGCUGGCCAAUCGGCUGGUUUGGCUGUGGCCAGUGCUUUAGUCACGCUUGGUAAUCCGCGUCGUCCGUCUAUGGAUCAGCAUCCAAAGGAGCCAAAAUCAAAACGCAAGCAGAGCCAACAUCCAGACAGUUGUACAUAAAACACAAUAAUUUAAUUUAAAACCCAAAAUAAUAAUAAUAACACAUUUAUAAUUAUUAUUGAUAAUAAUUAGGUAUUUAGGACAACAACAAGAACAUUUUCUUCUACCACCAAGAACAACUGCAGCAGCUUAACACACACACACACAAGCAUACUCACACACAGAGAGAGUAAAUGCCAGCAGCAGCCAGCAAGUUGAUAAUCCACAGUUAUUACUACCUUAAUGCAUUAGACUAAUAAUCCAUUAAUUCUAAUACAAGAAAACAAAAGAAACAAAACCA